AUGUACCCAAACGCUACGCAUGGUUAUAUGCCAUUUGUCAAGCCAGCUCACAAACGACAGGCUGCCAAGAAGUCGAAAGUGGAUAAAGCUGAAACUUUGAAGAAUAAGUCCAACGAUAUGAGGACUUACAAAGUCACUUUAAGAGACAGGAAUGGAUUUACGUUUACGUAUAUCAUCCAAACAAAUACUGCUUCGAAAAGUAAUCCGGUACUUUGCGAGACAAGAGUUGCAGGACCAAAGACUCUUUCCUCGCCCAGGAUGACCUUACUAAAGUUGGGGAUGGCCAGAAGAAAGGUAUCUUCAAUUGGAUCAUCAACUUUCAUCAAAAAGAAAACUACCAGUAACAAGACCACAACAGCCAAACAGACUGCAGCUGCCUCCAAGUCCAAGAGGAAACCAAAGCCAGUUUUCCCAAAGAAGCGCCAAAGGACCAUCUCCGCGAUGUCCAACCUCGACCCUAUUCAAGAGAGCCCGGAAGAGGACGAGGACGACGAUUUCGACACAGACUCCUAUUCCCACGACUCGGUCAGCAGUGACGGCAGCGUUAGCGAAUCCUGA